CCUACAUAAAAUUAGUUGCUCAAUUUACCUCACUAUGGAAAUGUUAUUAUUUCCCUGUUAUAUUAUAUAGAAUUUAGAAGUAUUCGUUGGUAUCCCAGCAUCGAUGCCUUACAACUUUUCAAAACUGCUUAGUGCGCAUUCGUUAGAAAUGUAUUAGUUAUUUUAAAGAAUAUAUUGCAUAAAACACAAUGGAUCCUGAUAUGUACCGCGUUAAGGUACUAAAGUACCUAAAUCCGCAUUUAUUAUGGGUAGAAGUUAUGAACAAAGCGGAUGAAAUCGUGUUUGAACAGAUUGGUAUAUACGGUAUUCUACCUAUGGAUACAGUUAUAAAGAUCGAAAUUAACUCCCUUAAAUCAAAGAGAACUGACGUAUGGAUGCAGGCUGCCUGUGCGGUGAUGAAGAAUACGCUUGCCGAUGCCGAUGAGAUAUGGUUUAUUCCGAUCCACAUAGACCGCAGGUCGUCUAUUUUCAACAAUAAUAUCCACAAAUACGGCGACAUAAUAGUUAAAAAGUCCAACGGUGAAGAAAAACAUAUGUCGAAAGAGUUGAAGAAGUCUAAGUUUGCUGUCUGCGAUAUCCCGCAGUUCCACCAGGAGCUCAGCCUCGGCAGGAUACAGACAAAACCUACCGAGACGGAAGCCAGGGAUGUGAUAAAACACCUGCGGGAUCACUACAUCGAUACCCACAGUAGUACACCGUGGGACAUGUGGGUGAAAAGACAUCCCUACAUAUACCACAUUAUGCAGAAAAUAGACAUCCUUGCAGAAAUAAAUAUGCAUAAGGGUGAGACCACACGAAAACAAAUUACUCGUUUGAAAGAAAUCCAGAAUAAACUCAAUGAUCUAGAUCUCUGUGCGGAGAUUGAUGAGGAGUCUGUGGGACGGGGGAAAAUAAGGCACUCCAAUAAAUCCCCUCUGUCUAAACUAAAACUAUUGAAGAGGAAAUUGAGGAUGGUGGAAGAGAAGCUGAAAUAUGAUGAUACCAGCUCAGUGGCAGACAGCACGGAACCUGAAUCUGACUUAAACACCUCAAAGAAAACUGUAAACUCAUUUUUGAGUUCAACUAAUUCUGAUACCAGCCUUAAUGAAAGUUUGCCUGAAAUUGAAAAGUCUUACAUCAAAAAUCAUAAAAAAGACACAAAGAACUUGGAGAAGAAAAUUGAGACUUUGAUUGAUGAGUCUCAAAAUUAUGCCCAAAUUUCCAUGAAAGCUCAAAAAUCGAUGAGAGAGGAGCCGUCGAUGACAAUACGCUUGGCCUACGGCCCACCAGGCUUAGAAAUAGGUAAGCUGGCAGUGAAAGUAGUACCAAGACUGCAAGAACUAUCAAAAACGGAUACCGAAUCAAAAGAUGCCAAUGAUAAUAUCGAAAAAGGUAUCAAGGAGGAAAGAGAUAUGGCUGUCAAUAAUGAUGAUAAUAAUGAAAUGGGAACUGAAAAAGGACUAUCUGAAGAUUAUAAACCAAAAACUAAAUUGUUAAAGAGUGCAUUCCUUCAAAGGAAGCUAAAGUUACAUAAAGAUAAUGUAAAUGCUCAAGUUGAUCCACCAACUAGUGGUAACAACACAUUUGAAGAACCUGUACAAAAUUCUAAGGUAAACGAAGUUUCUGAUGAUGAAUCUAUAACUGAUCUCAUCGAAAGGUUGAACAUAAAAAACACCACGAAACGCGUCCCUAAAAAAGAAGUUGAUAGGCAAUAUUUAGAUUUUAGAGAAUUGCCAAAAAUAAAUGCUAAUCCCUUUAGGAAUAUUGAUGGUAGUAAUUCAGUAUUUGUAGAUAAGCUAAUCAGCACUGUUCUCAUGGUCCAUACAAAGAAAAAUAAUAGGAUCCAACCAUGUAGUAACAUUAGAGAUGUACCUUUCACGACAGAAAUUCACAUCGUCCUUAGGAAUAUGGGUAUUAAAGCUCCCACUAGGAUACAAACCGUGUCAUGGACUACUAUUUUACGUGGCCAUAGCGUAUUUAUGAUUGGUCCUUUAGGCUGCGGGAAGACUAUGGGCUAUUUGCCCGCCGUAUGUCGUUUGACGUCGGAUUAUCGUAAACAAAAUCCAGAUAACGUUUAUCCCACUGCGAUCAUAGUUUGUGCCACGGCGAAAUCAGUUACUGAAGUGGAGAAAAACAGUAAAAUGUUGUUUGGUCUUGAAGAACGAGUGCUUGCAUGUUACGCGGGUAUGGAUGAGUUGAGUAUUACAACUUCUUUAUUGAAUGGAUGUAAUUUGUUGAUCUGCACUCCGCCGAUUUUAGCUCGUCUUCUACAAGCCGAGCUCGGGGUCGACUUGCGAGCUCUCGCCACAUUCGUGAUAGAUGAUUGCGAACGCAUUGCUGAGGUGUAUUCCGAUGAAAUUAAACUUGCUUUGUAUGAAGUCAAGAAAGUAUUAAAGAGUCGUUCUAGUAAAGAAAUGAAAGUUCAGUUUGUCGUUGCCUCUAGGGUGUGGUGUAAAUUUUUAGAAUCCCUCGCGAGAAAAGUUCCUGACACCGUUGUGUGUAUCGGAUCUUUCCAAGAAUGCGUAUUGUACUCUCAAACGCGAAUGUCGGUAGAUUUUGUUAAAAAUGAUAAUAAAAUUAACGCGGUGGUACAAUUCUUGGAAGAAGUGGAGGGACCUAAAAGGACAGUUAUUGUUUGCAGACACGACGAUGAAGUUGAAUUGCUAGAAAACACUUUGACCAAAUUAAAUCGUGUUGUGUUUGCAUGCAAUAACACUAUGACCAUUCAUGAUUUGUAUAAUUUGAACGUUGCUUGGGGAAAGUACGACGAGCCGACCAGGGGUCCUAUACUAGUAUGUUGCGAUGGGAACUUGGUUCAUCUUAACGUGACUGAUGCUCACUACUUACUUCAUUAUUCUAUGCCGUUACUCUUUUCUACUUUCUCCAAAAGGUUUUCAGUUUUAAACGAUAGCUAUCCUUCGAUAUUUACGGAUGACGGUCAAAAACUUAAAGUAAAGGUUUUGCUUGAAGACGCGAAUGCAGAACAAUUGCCAAAAAUAUUGAAUUUUGUUAAACGUUGCACUAACAAUGUCCCCGACGCUUUAAAUGAUGUUGCUAAUGAAGUAUUAGUUCACAGAGACACGAGGAAAGCCAAAGAGCUUGUACCGAUUUGUGAUACCAUGCUCAGUUUUGGUCACUGCGCUGAUUUCUGGAACUGUAGAGAACGUCAUGCUGUUUUCAAAGACUACGACAAACCAAAGGAAUGGAUGCCGACGGAAGGCCACAUUAAUUUCAAAAUACUGCAUUACCAUUCGGCAGACUUGUAUUCGGUUCGCCUACUGUCAAACACAGUAAAAGGUAAUACAAAAAAAUACCCGCAAACAUACAGUACGUUAUCGUUGAAAAUGGGUAUGUAUUUCAGCAAGGAGAUAAAUCGAAGACUCCACGGCACCCCUAAAGUGGGUGAUGUAUGUGCUGUAUCGGUAAAGCAGGAUUUCUUCGUUCGUUGUCAAGUGGUGAAGAUUUUGGACAAUUAUAGAAAUGGAAAUCCAAAACACUUAUUAGUUCGACUGAUUGACGAAGAGAAAUAUGAAAGAACUAAAGAUGUCCAUUUGUAUUACUUACCCGAUGAAUUGAAAGAAGUUCAGACGUACGCAGCUCAGGUUAGGCUGGCGAAUAUUCGGCCGCAAGAUAAGGAUGUCACUUUUUCCGACCUAGCCAAGAAUCAGUUAAAGAAAAUAACAGACACAGAUGAAGAUUUGUACAUGAGAGGUCAAAUUGUUUUGGUAGUUGGUAACUGUGUGUUUGUGGACCCCUUAGAAGCUUGCCAAGAUUUUUCGUCAUUGAAUGGGACUGUAGUCAGAUAUAAUUUCAAACAAGAGCUAUUAAAAGCGCACGCUGAGCCUAAUCCUGAUCACAUUGCUACUCUAAAAAAACUGUGUGAAGACUUGAUUUCUGAAGACGUAAUCACUCCUGAAGUAGAAGUGCCAAAAUCAGUGAAAAUAUUGCCGAAAUGCCGCUGGGCCCACUUGGACAAGGACGAUAUGUCCGCGGUGUAUUUGUCAUCAGCAGAAGACCCAGAUAAAUUCUUCAUCCGUCUCGCCAAAUUUAGCGAUUGUAUGAACUUGCUAAUUAAAGAUAUUAACGCCUAUUGCAAGGGAGAUCCCGAGACGGUAGAAAUAAUAAACAAAGGUGAUAUAGUGUUGGCGAAAUUCCCUGAUGAUUCUAUGUAUGAAAGAGCGAGAAUCGACGAUAUAUACGAUGACAAAGUCAAAUGUUUUUUCGUCGAUCAAGGUGACUGGAGAGAUGUAUCUAAGAAGCAUUUAGUGCCUAUCACAGCGAAAUUCAUAACUCAAAUGCCGUUCCAAGCAAUUGAGUGUCGAUUAGUAGGCGUAAAACCGCCAGGAGACGGCUGGACUGAUUUCUGUACCAACUGGUUUUGUGACUACUGUUUUGAAGACAGCAGUGGUAACAUAAAACAAUUAUUUGUGAAAUACUUUGAUAAAACCGAGGCUGAAUCCACCGAGGGUCAUAAAUAUGGGGUGGUGAUAAUAGACACAAAUUCUGAAGAAGAUGUAAUAGUUAAUAAUCUGAUGGUUGAUUUGAAUUUGGCAAGAGUUGACGAAAACGAAAGUAAAUAUCUAGAGAAUCUGACAUUUACGGAUGCUUUACGAGAACUAAGUGACUCUGAAAGUGUUGUUGAUGAACCAAAGAAUGCAGUUGUACCUUUUCAGAUGAUGCAAGCGCCGCUAAGGUCCGUUCCACUCGUCGAUUCCGACAACGAAUCUGACGAUCUAGAUAAAUGGGCGUUUAAUAUGACAGAUGAUUUUAUGUCUAUGUUGAAGCCUAAAGGGGCCGUGACGGCUUUAAAGGAAAUCAAUAAUACGGCAGACGAUAAUUCAGUUGAACAUGUAAAUGAGAAUAUUGGCGAAACUGUAGAGGAGAAUAUGCCAAUUGUUUCUGUAAGUAAUUCCGCAAUGGACACGCAUUCUGUGGAUAACAAAGAAAAAAAUAAUACCGAGUUAACGCCUGAUUCGGAACCUAAAGAUAUUAGUAACGCAAACUUGCAAAAAGAAAAAAGUAUUUUGGAAAAUUUUGACGACUCACUCUACAGGAAACCUAAACUCACGUGGUACCAAAACAAAAAUUCAGUCAUCGUAAAGAUACACUUGAUUGGAGUGAACAAUUACAUUCUACAUAUUAAAGACAGAGAUCUAAAGUUCUACGUUGAACAUAACGACACCACAUAUGGCUUCCAAUUAGAACUGUAUGGAGUUGUGGAUGUACCAAACUCGAAUCACGCGAACAAAGGUCAAUAUAUCCUGGUGAAGUUGAUGAAAAUACUUAAAAAGAACUGGUUGACGCUACCCAGAGACGGGUCAGUGCGUAAAUGGAUUCUGUAUGACAUAGACCGGAUUGACACGUCGUCGUGCGACGAGGACUCUGACAACAGCGAGCUUUUGAACGCGAUAAAGAAUAUACAUGAGAAGGAUGAGACAGAUUCAGAAGAUGAUGAGUUCGCUGAUGAUGUUACGUACACCCAUCCCAGAUAUACGUAGGUAGAGAAUUACAGGGUAGUCAGUAGGGACAUUAUUCUCUACAAUUCCUUUUUAUUGCCAUUUCGGCUGACAAUUUAGGGCAUAUAAGAUCUUACCAUUUGACGUUUUUAAUUAGUGUUCUGUUUAUUUUCAUAUUAUUUUUAAGCGAGAAAGUGAUACAUUGUCUUAACGCUUAUUAGUUAGUGGUUAAUGUACCUGUCCGAAAUUUCUAAAAUGUAUUCUUAUCACGCUAAGCGUAGACUUUUUAAUAUCUACUUAAUAUGAAAAAUUGAAAUAUGUCAUGGAUACCAUCGUCUUCCUAUCACUGUCCUAAAACCCUUAGAGUCCAGUCAACUUCAAAUGAAUGUAAACUCGGAUAAAGAAAAUUAAAAAAUGGAAACAAAGAAAUUAAUAUGGAAUGUCCUGUCGGCUUAUAUAUUGAUUUGGGGCUGACUGUACCUUUGAUAAUAUUGACAUUUCCUUUUUUUGCAUUUUUUUUUAGAAAUGUACUUCACAUAAUUUUAAUUUGAAGGGUUUGAUUUUAUUAGUGAGAUGUCUCACUCGCUACACGUUCACGAGUUAUAAAUACAUACAUACAUAGUAUCACCGCUCUAUCCCAUAAAGGUAGGCAGAGAUUAUGGAUUGCCACGUGUUUUAGAAGUGCCAUAAAUAAUUUAAUAUUUAUAUUUGUAUUUUAUUAAACGAUUUUAAUAACGGUGGUUAAUUCCAUCAUAGUUUUUCCAUACCUCACAUUGGUGGACUCGUAUUUCAAGAACAUUUUGUUUUUUUACCUAUGCGAUGGUAUUACGCAAUUAGGAAUUUACUAUUCUUUAUUUGCAGUCAUGAUAUUUAAUUUAGCCAUCCUUAGAAUCAAAGCAGACAACAUUUUUAAACUAAGCCACUAGAUGGAUUUUUCCUUAAAAAGUAGGAAAAUGCAUCAUACACCAAAAUUUCAUGGAAAUGAAAUUGUUUUGAGAAUACAUGUAACCAGGAUGUGCGUUGAUAGCAGAGAAAUAUUAAAAUAAUAAAAUAAAUAAACAUUCGUAACAAUAGCUCCAUAAUUGCGCCAAAUUUUUACCAAGUAUGUAACACUUGAAAAUAUGCAAAAUAUUGUCAAUAUUAUAAACAAAACAAUAUACUCAAACUAAAUUAUAUGGUGAGUAUUACUAGUUUUGCUUCAUUUACUUUGUGAAGGUUUCGGGUCCGUACUUUUUAAUAAACGUCACUAAACUUUUUGGUAUUCUAUCGCCUGUUCGCAAAUAUCUCAUAUGAUGUACUUGUAAUUUGUUAUAGAUUACUGUUUUCCUAUUCAUAUUAAUUUUAAUAAGGUUACCCUGUAUAUUAUCCUUGCAUCGCACAGGGGUAGACAGUUACUGAUUUCUUCUUUCACGAUAUUUAAUAUUAGGAAACGUUUGAAUAAAGAAUAGUGUACGCAUGUACUUUAUAUAAUCUUUUUUCAUAGAAUGUUCCUUAUACUCAUUUUUGAAAAGUUGCUGGGAUUGUCUGUUGAGUUAUGCAGGAUGGAUUUUUAGAUGGGCAAUAAGAGCAUCAAUAUUCACUGCUAUGGCAUCAGUAUAACGUUUUUACUCCUAAACAUUGAGGAGAUGGUUUCUUAAUUAAUCAAUUUUUUAUAACUGCGUCACAGAUAAUGGGAAAAAUCAGCUUUCAAGAAAAUUACAAAUUACUCUAAAACCUUUUUGAUGGCCAUGGCCUAUUUCUAAUAAGGUUUUAAAGACUAUUAUAUUGACCUUUUUGGUAAGGUUAAAGGUUCCGUCUGUGUUAUGAACGACUUCUAUAUUUCAUAAAAUGUUCGUUAGCGUAACAUUGUGACGGAGCUGCAUUCCAAUUUGUUCAGUCGUUUUUGCUUGAGGCGUACAAAUUAACUUACUGUUAUUUUAUAUGUAGUUUGACAGUAUGUAAUAAAAGGAUGAGAUGAUAGAUUUAUUUUCUGUAACCAUUUCUUACAUAUUAAACAUAUAUACAGUCUUACUUAUAAACUUGUUUUAGCAUUAAGAGGUGGUUAAGAAUUGCUUAAAUAGCUGUUAAAAUCUUCACCGGUUUCCUAGUUUAAAUCUUAUUAUAAGAGGCAAUAUGGCGGGUUUUGACUUACAGCUGAACGAGUAAAUUUGUGUUUUAACUAAGCAUAGCUUUGCGAACUUUUUAUAAGUAAGACAUUAUUUAAGAACAGAACUUACUCGAUACGAUUGUUUGGCGCAAUUAUUUAUUAUUUAUGCUACUAUACUGAUAUUAUCUUCGAAUAAACACCUACAAUGUCAUCAUUCAGCGAUAGUCAUAAAGGAGUCAUAAAAGAGUAGGGAUUAGGGUAGUCAGGGUUUUUUUUUUGGGUAUAAGAUCCGCAGUCAACACCGGGGGAAUCCUGCGAAUGGGACACUGGAAUCCCCCGGCUUAGGGACUGCAGGGCCCUGUGGGAAAGUUGGGAGGAAAGUGUGAGGGAUGGAUAAGGAAACCUCUUAAGAUGGGAUGAGGGGAGAAGGCCAGGAAAUGGUCGUGAGCCCUUAUAGGCCUCAAUGUGAAUUGGCAACCAUGAGGGAUACACACUUUCACACACGUGUGCCUAGGGCCGCGACCAAUGCCCUCGUGCAUGGGCGUGCAUUCGGUGUGGAGACCGAGCGAACAAGAAUUGUCUCAGCGGGGUUGCUAGGGGUACUGCUAUCUUCGAAUAAACAGCUACAAUGUCAUCAUUCAGCGAUGGUCAUAAAGGAAAAGAAUAGGGAUUGGUGUAGCCAGGGUUUAGCCGUCUGGAAACCUUACAAUAACGCAAUGGCAAGCUGUAAGUUCGCGUUGGUUUUCUGUGAGAUCGUUUUGUUAUCCUGGUUGAGUCGGUUUAUUCAUGUAGACGGAUACCCGUCGAAAAUAAUCUAAAAGCGGCAUUAACUUAUCGAAGGUUGGCAGCUUGACAUAAUUUUUUUUUCCAAAAAGAAGAGUAAGUUCAAAAAUAAGGAGAACAAGGUGGUGAUUCCUAAUAUAUAUAAUACACAAUGCCGCUUAAGUCAAUAACCCUGCCAGCCGUUAUGGAAGCUCUAGACAGCAGGUUUGUGCCAGGUAUUUUUACCCGAUUGUCGAUGAAGGGUAAAGUUUUUUGCUUGUACUCCUUGCAAGUGCAAGGAUGUGAGCAAUUGCUCGCUAUUAGUUCUACCACUUUUUUUUACCAACCUUUAUCAUAUUCCAAUGUGGGAGGCGUAGUAAUUGGAGUGAUGAAUUGGCUUAGUUUUUUACAUCAAAUACAGUAGAAUAGAGGGUUGAUUUUUGUUUGUAUUUAGUUUUUUUUCUUUUUCUCGUACAAUGUGCAAACAGUUAAACACUCGUGAUGGUUUUGCAAUGUUUUUGUAUAGUAAAAUAACAUUUAAAAACAACUUUCACGUCGAAUUGAUAACCUCCUUUUUAAAAUUGGUUAAUAAAACUGUUUUACGGACUUUAUCGCGGUGGUCACGGGGCGGACUUCUACUAUGGAGGCUGCAAAGUCUACGAAACGUCAGGAGAAAAUAAUAAUAUAAAUAGCCGCGAUAAAAUCCGUAAAUAGUUUUAUUUCAAAUCUGAGGUGCUCUUAUAUUUAACUGACAGUAUGCCUGAAGAUUUUUAUGUUUUUCCUUUAUCCGAAGAGAUGGCUCCUGAGGUGGAGUGCGUUCCAACGCGUAACAAGGCAAGAGUGGACUUAGUGUAUAGAAUAUUUAAAACAUAUGUAUUUUGGAAUUAUCUGGUUUGGAACAGGCCGGCAUAGUUGGGUAUACUUGGAGAUUAGUCUCUCGUCAAUCGAUACUCUAUCUGGAAGCUACUCCACUUACCAUCGCGUCGCGUUUUGCUUUUCAAAUUUCGGUCUACCCGCAUUCGUUCAAAAUACGGAGCACAUUUUUGCGUGCGGUGUUACGCGUUGGGACGCGGCGUGUGCAUUUUUCUUUUUCUUUUUGUUUAGUAACUCGUGCGAGAAGAAUCAGGGAAUUGGACACGUCUGCCGUGUGACGGUGUUCAGGACGAAAUUACUGAAUUGGACAUAUUGUUUGGACGUGGGAAAUUUAUAUCGUAUUAAAUUAAAACUUUAAUCAAGAAUGGCCUGAAAGCGCCGGCACGCUGAGAAUCUCUUAAACAUAUAUACUUAUUAUAUUAUGGUAGCUUUGUUUUUUUUAUUUUGCGGACGAUAUUUUUUGUUAUACGCAUUUAUUUUUAUUUUUUAUGAUUGAAAGCAUGUUGUUCCGUACGUUGGCUUUCACCACUGUUCACUUUCACGAUUUCAAAAUAUUGUUUACAUUUGUGUUGUUUAUUUUUCCAAAUAUUAACGCUCUUACUCAUAAACGUUAUUUAUGUAACGACGGAGCAUUGCUGUGAUAACAAGUCUGUUUCUCAGUGCUAACGGCAUGGAAGCUUUUGCAGUGCGUAGACAUAGGACCGUUGUGAUUGGCUAAUAUUGAGAUACAACUUUAAUCUAGUUGGUUGUCAGAUAAACAAAGCUGAGAAAUGGACUUGUUAUAGCAGCAAUGAUCCGUCCUUAGAUAAAUAACGUUUAUAAAUACGGGCGUUAGUUUAUUACUAGAUAAUAAUAAUAUUUAUCGAAAACCGGUUAUAACGAAAUUGAAGGGACGCUGUAUACGGCAGUCGUAAUAACCGGUUUCUACUAUAUUUAUUUCUCAGAUAACCUUAAUCAAGGCAUUCUUUGUAAACUAAGUUCCUAAGUGAUAUAGAUUAGUAUUCAUUUUUAAGAAACAAAAAAACAUUUAUAGCUUUAAAUGCAUGAUGUAUGCUGUUUAGAUUUUAACUUUAAAAUGUAUGUCUCAUACUCUUAAAGCAUUUAGUGUGAGGUAGAGAAUGACAAAUCAGUCAUUAGUUACAACACUUAACGAUUGUAAUACGAUGAAUGUUAAAUGUUAUUUUUUAAAUAAAUGUUGAAGAUUA